AAUGUCAACGGAAAUUCAGCAUGACAAAAAAGAUGAGUUUGAAGCAUCUCGUCCUCAAGAACAGGCUGUGAAGGAUACUACAUCUGCAUCAGGAAAUGGGAAAUCACCCCCUCAAGACAUGGCUAAUGAUCACAGCAUAAAUGAAGACUUUAAAAAAUUGUAUGAAGCAGCAUUGAAGAACGACUGGAACACAGCUUACAAAGAUAUUUUUAAGGGAGAUCCAUCAAAAAAUUCAAAAUAUUUAAAGGCUAAGAUAUCAGACAAAGGAGACACCGCUCUCCACAUUGCAGUUGCGGCAGAGUCCUCUAUGUUUGUUAGAAAACUGGUAUAUCAUAUGAAAAAAGAAGAUUUGACUAUUAAAAAUGGUGAUGACAGUACUGCUUUUUGUCUUGUUGCUGCAUCCGGUUCGGUGGAACUUGCCAAAGUGAUGUUUACGAAGAAUGAGGAGUUACUACGGAUCCGUGGAGCUGAGAACAUGUUACCAAUUCAUAUAGCAGCUAAGCAUGGCCAUGAAAAGAUGAUGGAAUUCCUUCUUGGAGUAACUAAAGAAAAAUUAGCAGUAGAGGACGACACAAAAUUAAAGGAUCUGAUCAAUAAAACUGAUUUGUCUGUAGCAGCAGCAGCAGUAAGCUAUAUUCAAUAUCCUCCCUCAAAAAUUGAGUUACAUGAAGAAAAGGAUGAUCAUGAGCUUGUGGCAGGACCCCCUCAUGAGCAGGAUG